AUGAGUAGCGAGCGAGAUUGUCUUAGCGGACACUCGCGCGACAGCAGCGAGGGGUGCGGCGCAGCACCGGAGGAGGUGCAGCUGCGCGCGGGGCUGUCGGGACAGCGCGCGCACGAUGGUACCGCGUGGCCUGCACACGCCCUUGCGUGGCCGUCUCCGCUGCCAUCACAUGCGCCGCCGCACGCACCGGCGCAGCCGCAGACGCUGUUGAGCAGCCAUGCGCGCGGACAGAUGCCCCCGAGUCAGGCGGGCCAACUCCAGGCCACCCACGGCGCAGAUAGCGCGAGAGGCGGGAUAGUGCCAGGGAUAUCUGGCCGCAGCGGCCCGUCGCUGCCGUUGCUGGCCUUCCAACCGCCCCUCACUUUCCGCGCCACUGCCGCGCAUCCCAUACCGUACUACCCCGCGCCCUUUCCGUCAAUCCCGCCAAACUCGCCCUACCCGUUGGUCAACGGGCCCCCCGGUUCCUUUUCCCCGUACGUGCUGCAGCACACCAUCCGCGCCCCUUGCGCCAUCGUGGGAUUUCGCGCGCCUCCUGUUGGCCCCGCCCCUCCUCUCGCGACCUCCCCCUUCCUCUCCGCGUCGAGCGCAGCCCCCUGUGCGCGCCCCUCUCACCAUCCGCCAGCGCCGCCAGCAGCCGUCUCUCUGGACGCCUUGUCACACGCGCAGGAGGCGAGCGGAACGGCAGCGGCAGCAGUUGGAAAUGGCAGCCACUGCUCACCCCACACGUCCGCAGAGGGUUCUGGCGCUAACGCCUCUGCUGCUCCUCCCAGAGACGCACACCAGCCACGCGCUGCUGCUGCUGCUGCUGCUGCUGCUGCUCGCGGUGGUGGCCAUGGAGGUGGUGGUGCUGUUGCUGCUGCUGGUGGUGAUGGUGCAGGAAGCGCUUCCAGGGAUCAACGCCCUCAGGGACGGAGGCAGAGGGGGAGGGAGGGGCGGUGGGGACGAAUAGACAGAGGGCAGAGCGGGGCAGGGUGUGCAACGGGCGGCCAGCAGGUGGGGGGAGAGCAAGGCGGGGUGCUGGGGGAGAGAGGGCAGCGGAAGCGGGAGUGCGUGUAUGGGGGCAGGGGAGCAGGGGGCAGCGGCAGCACGAGCAGUGCGUGCAGCAGCGGGGGCACCCCGGGGAGUGGCGCGUCCGCAGCAGCAUCUAAGCAGAAAGAUGGGGCGAAGGCGGGGGGCGGGCGGAAGAAGGGAGUGGGGAGUGAGGAGGAGCAGCGUUUGCGGCAGGCGGAGAAGAAGAAGCGGCGGCUGGAGAAGGCGCUGGCCACGGCGAACGCCCUCCGGAGCGAGCUGCUGGAGAAGCGCAAGCAGCGCCGCCGAGAACAGGAGCUGUGGCUGGACCGCGCCGGCCAGGCCCUGGCUGAGGCUGUUGCUUUACGGGUGCUGGUUGAGGAGGAGGAGGACGAGGAUGGGGAGGAGGAGGAAGGGGGGGAGGAAGGGGAGGAGCGGGCAACAUCAGGUGGGGGUGGGGGGGCAGUGGAGGGCGAGGGGGAGAGGGGGGCGAGCAGCAGUGCGAGUGUGCAGGGGCGUGGGGCAGCGGUGACAGGCGUAGGAGGUGGGCAGAAGGAAGCGGGCGAUGGGUGUGGUGCACUGGCGUGGGGCAGCAUGUGCCUGAGGGAAGGAGGUGCCCAUCCAAAGGGGGCGGCGGCAAGUGAUGGCGGGAGAGAUCAGAGAGCAGAGCGGGCAGAGGGGGCAGGAGGGGGAGGCGGGGAGGUGUCAGAGUCGUCCCACAACUCGGUGCACUGGCACACGGGUAGGCAGACUGGGGUGGGAGAGGGCAGGGCGCGCUGGUUGGAGGAUACGACCCAGAGAGGGAGUGAUACAGUGCCGGGUGGGAAAGGGGCCUCAGGGAAGGCAGGCAGGCGGCUGUCACGAGCUGUUGCUCCCGUGGGCCCUGGCAGUGAGAGUGGGGGGACGGAAAGUGCUGGCGGUGGGAAGAGGGAGGGGGUCGGAUGUAGGGAGAGGGGAGAUGCUGAGGAGGACGAAGUGGAGGGAAGGCUGAGAGGCGCCCUGUUGGACCAGCUGGCUGUGAACCGCCAUUCCCUUGCUGCCAGGCCCGCUGCUGCCUCCCCUGCAGCCAGCAAAGGGGCAGGCCCAGCAGCACCAACCGCAGCAGCAUCAGUCGUCGCAGCAGCACCAGACGCAGCAGCAGCAGCAGCCACAGUAGCAACUGCUGACUUGGGGGCAGGAAGGUGGGAAGGGGUUGGAAAGGUUGUGGAGUCAGGCAAGUCCAAGAGGUCUGGAGAGGCAGCAAGGUCCGGAGCGCCAGCAGGGACAGCAAGGUCAGCACGAUCAGCAGGGCGAGGCGGGCCAAGAGAAGGCGAGGAGCAGGAAGGCGAAGAGAGCAGCAAGGGGUGUGAGGGGGAUGUUGGGCGGGCAGACGAGGCAGCAGCAGGUGGCAGGGCGAGGCAAGAGGCAACACACGGUGACACAGCAGAUGCUCUCAUCAGUCGCCUCCUCCUCCACCAUCCCACCUCCUCCCCCUCGCCCCACUGCUCGCCGUCACUUGCGCCCGCUGCCUCCCCAUUCACACUCUUCACAGGCCUGCAGCUCUCAGAGCUGCACGUGGCUGUCAACAGCAUCGCUGCCGAGCCUGCAGGUCCGGCAGCAGGCUUGGCAGCAGGAAUUGGGGAGUGGAGUUUGAAUGAGGGUUCGUUAAUACAACCACACAGGUCGAAUAAUGGAGCAGAUCUUGCUGAAGUGGGACGGGAGGGGCCGGGAAGAGCAGGAGGUGGGUUUGAGGGGGGCCACAUGGCGGGUGGCGUGGGUCUGGCAACUGGGCUGCGUGAUCAUGGGAAGUUGGCGGCAGGGGGCAGCAGGGAGACGGGCGAGCAGGAGGAGGAGAAGGGGACCACCACCUGGCCAAGUGGAAGGGGGACGCGGAAGAAGGAAGUGGGGGGAGGGCCUUUGAGGUUCAGGAACGUGGGCAGUGGUGGGAGGUGGAUGGAGGCUGCAAGGGGUAAUGAGUUGGGGGCGGAAGAGAGGGAGAUGGCAGCAGGCAUGGCGGCGGUGCAGGCGGUGGCAGCCAUGCGCAUUGUGGAGGAGGCGAGGGCAGAGGCACACGCCGCUAGGCAAGCAGCACAGGAGGCUGGGGGAGGAACAUAG